AUGGAUGAUAUUAGUACCAAAGACUCCAAAUUGAAGAUAGAAGAAGAAGGCAAUGAUAUCAAAAUCCAAGUAUGGAAAUACAUAUUUGGUUUCGUUGAAAUGGCAGUCAUAAAAUGUGCCAUAGAGCUCAAAAUUGGCGACACAAUCGAAGCCCAUGGAGGCCUCAUGACACUCACUGAGCUAUCAUCUUCCUUAAAUUGCUCUCCAUUGCUUCUACACCGCAUCCUACGCUUCCUCAUCCAUCGAGGAAUUUUCAAAGAAGAGCCCACCAAAAGCUACGCCCAAACGCCCAUGUCCCGGCUGCUCACAAGCAGUGGGGCGCACAACUUGGCUCCCAUGCAUGUGUUGGAGAGCAGCCUUGUGAUGUUGGCGCCAUGGCACAACUUGAGUGCAUAUCUCAAAGCCAAUGAUGGGGGGACUCAGCCAUUUGAGAUGGCUCAUGGGAAGGACUUGUGGAGGUAUUGUGCAGCCAAUUCGUCGCAUAAUAUGGUGAUGAAUGAGGGCAUGGCUUCCUUUGCUCGGGUGGUUAUUGUGCCGGCUGUAUUGGAAAGGUGUGGAGGGGUUUUUGAGGGAGUUGGAAGUUUGGUGGAUGUUGGAGGAGGAAAUGGGAGUUGUUUGAGUGUUUUGGUGAAGGCUUUUCCUUGGAUUAGAGGUAUUAAUUUUGAUCUUCCACAUGUUGUGUCUGUUUCACAAGAGUUCGAGGGUGUUCGACAUGUUGGUGGGAAUAUGUUCGAUUUUGUCCCGAAGGCUGAUGCUGCUUUCAUCAUGAAUGCACUACAUGAUUGGGACGACGAAGAUUGCAUCAAAAUUUUGAAGAAUUGCAAAGAAGCGAUCCCUGAAAAGACAGGUAAAGUGAUCAUUGUUGAAGUAGUCAUUGACGAAAAGGACGAAAGCAUGGUGUCCGAUAUAAGGUUGAUGUUGGAUAUGAUAAUGAUGGCUCAUACCAUAAAAGGAAAAGAAAGGACUCGAGAGGAAUGGGCAUAUGUUCUUCAGGAGGCUGGUUUUAGUCGACAUACCAUCACUCCAACUUCUACUAUCCAAUCUAUCAUUCAAGGUUUCGUUUGAUAUCAAUCCAAGAACACGAAAUCAAGUUUAUCCGUUUGAUCUGUCUUUUCAGUACAACGAGUGAGUCUCUCGAGAGAUUUAAG